AGCGCAUUCUGGGGCCGAGAUUUUCUUCCGCCUUUCCUCUCGGAGGGCUUUGCGGAGACCGCAUCUACUUUUUUCUACUGUACCGCGUCGUCGCGCUGUCAGUGUCUUCUUUUGCUCUGAGGUAGCAAUAUAAAAAAGGGCUCUUUCCUUUUCGUUUGGGCUUGUCAGGGCUGUGUCCGUUGACUGGUAGCUGCCACCAUGCCGAAGAACAAAGGAAAGGGAGGUAAAAACAGACGACGAGGUAAGAAUGAGAAUGAAUCUGAAAAAAGAGAAUUGGUUUUUAAAGAGGAUGGACAAGAAUAUGCCCAAGUUAUCAAGAUGUUGGGAAAUGGCAGACUGGAGGCAUUAUGUUUCGAUGGUGUAAAAAGGCUGUGUCAUAUCAGAGGAAAGUUAAGAAAAAAGGUUUGGAUAAAUACAUCAGAUAUCAUAUUGGUGGGUUUAAGAGACUACCAGGAUAACAAAGCGGAUGUCAUUCUAAAAUACAAUGCAGAUGAAGCCAGAAGCCUGAAGGCAUAUGGAGAACUUCCAGAGCACGCCAAAAUUAAUGAAACUGAUACUUUUGGGCCUGGUGAUGAUGAUGAAAUCCAAUUUGAUGAUAUUGGAGAUGAUGAUGAAGAUAUUGAUGAUAUCUAAAUGGAACUGAGAGGAAUACAUCCCAACUUUCCACCUCAAUUAUUUUGUUUUCAAAUCCUUAUGCCUAAGACGAUUGCAACUGCACAUUUGUAGUUACAGCACAUUAAUAUGUACCCAAUGUUUAAGUAUUUAUAUUUCUUUAAAAACAGAAGUUGGACUCAAAAAUUAAAUGAAAUAAUACGGCAAUUUUUAUCUCUAUAAUAGACUCUUACAUCUGUAUGUAAAUACACAUACUAUAAACUCUCAUACUGUUUUCAUCAAUAAAUAUCAUUAAGACAUAUUUUUGAAAUAAAAAAUAUUGCCCUAUAA